UCUUGUGGCUUUACUCUUGUUGUCUCUGGUUGCUCCAGUAAUAUGAGAAGUGCUUGGGAUUGGGAGAUUAAUUGUUUGUCUUUGUCCUAGAUUAUGUUAUUAACUUCAAGCUUACCAUUGUUGGUAAAGAUUGAGCUUAAUCUCUUUGUGGUUUAGGGGUUUUUUUAAACUUUUUUGCACCCUCUAAGCUUUCAGAAUGGCUGAAAAGCAGAUUGUGGUUGCAUCAAUAUGUAACCGAAACUUCAUUCAUUGCAAUGACAUUUACUCUUUAGCAAAAAAAAAAAAAUUCAAUAGAGAAAUUGACUUUUGUCUGUUCUUAUUUGAUUGUUCUUAUUUACAGUAACAAUAAAGGCUAGUUUUGUUGUCAACAGUAAAGAUGGGUUUAAAAGGGUUCACAUUUAUGAAUGAAAUAGUUAUGGACACUGGGGAAAUCUUAAAUAAUUAUAAUGGGAUUAAUUAUGUAACAUUUAAUUUAAGGUCAUGUAUGUGUACCUAGGACUUAAAUGUUAGGAGGCCACAUGGGCACCGCCUCACUACUUCUCUUUGUCUCAACUAGAAUUUGACUUGUUGCUUUUUCUGUUUCAGUUUUCAAACGACUUUGAUGAAUGAACAUACAAAAAAUAUUCUUUCUUGACCCCGCACUUCAUUAAUCUCUGCAUAAAAGUGUAAGAUAUCGACAAGAUUUUGCUUACACAGGUGCAAUGAAAAAUGGGCUAGCUACUCAAUAUCUUCAAAGUACAUAUCUUUAUUAGUUAGGUGACAUUCAAAGUGGAAGAAGAGAAGAAGGUAACGAAGUGGGAGAUCCAUUGUAUUGAUCGUAUCUUGUUCCAUGUCAUAUUGUUCCUUCUGUCUAGGCUUUCUCACUCAUAAACAUUAUUAACAUAAUAUAAAUUACAUGAUUGAGUCAUUAUUAAUGCAUUUUUAUUUUGUUCUUAUCCUAACCUUCACAAUGAUAAAUGAAAACAAUUAUAUGUCUUUCGACAUUAUGGUUUAGUUGGUGUAUGAAUGUUUAUUUGUUAUACAAGCAUAUUAUAAUACGUGACUUGUGAUACGUACGCUUACGAACCACAUGUUUUUAUUUAAUAUGAUUUACUUAACGUAUCAUGCAGCGUAUUGGCCAAACUUUUAUAUUCAGUAUUUACAAAAUUAAAUAUGUAAAAGGGCAUGGGUUCAUUAAGUUGAAUAGUUCUGACUGCUGUUUUAUUAAGAUUCCAUACUAAAAUUAUUUGAUUAUAUUGCAGAUUUGAGUAUCUUCAAAAUUAUAGUAGAACAAUAAAGAACCAAAAAAUAUAUUUUUCCGUUAAUGGGUAUACGCAAGAGUUGCAUUAAAUUUUGAUAAACUAUACGUAAGCAAACUGUCACAACAUGUGUUGCUAAGAUAAUGUAGUUUGUUCUAUUAGGUGUUAUCAGCCUCAGUGAGAUAUGCACAGUUUUGUUUACGUGAAUAAUAUAUGAAUACACAGAUACAUUUUCAGUUAGCUUUUGGAUAUGCACAUGAUCGAUAUCUUAGAUCAAAGUGAUUUUAUUUACUAAUAAAUCAAACAUUUUGGACGUACAUUAGUUCAGUUUGUCGAUUUUUUUAGUUAUGAGUUUCUAUUACUAAAAUAUUUUUAUUUGAUAUCAAAAGACUCUGACUACUAUUCGUUAUGCAGCUCUGAUUCAACAUUAUGAUAUUUUCAAAGAAUGUUAUUAGUCUCAUUCGUUAUAGGUUUGAAAAUAUAUAUGGAUCAAUCAAAUAUGUAUAUCCUUUAAAAAAACUAGAUUGAUUUAAUCACAAACCUGGAGUAAAUACGAAUGUGUGUCUGAUAUUUUACGAAACGUGAAAGUUUUCACCAGUUAGCAUAUACAGGCCGCAUCCUAUAAUUGGAUUGUUUUUUUUUAUCACUUGGUCAUUGCAAACGUUACGAGGUCUGAUUUGUACAAUCAAAAGAAAAAUGUUAAUUUCUCAUAUUGUUUGAAAUUUUUCGGUUAAAUAUGUCAAAGAUGCGAAAUUAACCUUUUAAAAAAUCCAAACCGAUUUUUGCCCUAGUAUAAACUAAAAAGUAGUGUCACAUUCGUGUGCGACAAGGCAGAGAGGAGGAAGAUAAUAAGAUGGCUCAGAGAAUACUAAGAGAUCAUGAAGAUAAUGGAUGUGAACGAUCCGAUUUCCCAAUCCUCUGCCAAUCUUGCCUCGGUGACAAUCCUUACUUGCGAAUGGCACUAGCGAAUUUUGACAAGGAAUGCAAGGUAUGUACACGGCCUUUCACGGUGUUUAGGUGGCGACCUGGCCGGAGUUCUAGAUACAAGAAAACCGAAAUCUGUCAGACUUGCUCUAAGCUGAAGAACGUAUGCCAAGUCUGUAUUCUUGAUCUUGAGCAUGGUCUUCCAGUUCAAGUCAGAGACACGACACUUAACAUUACUAGCGAUGACUCUAAUGAUACUCUUCUGAACUUUCAAAGAAGUGAACCAAACUAUGAAAAUAACCAGCCACAUGUUUGCAGUUUCAACACCAUUGGUAAGUGUACAAGAGGUGCCGGAUGCGCAUUCAGGCAUGAGAUGCCCAAGACAGGAGAGUUAUCACACCAAAACAUAAAAGAUCGUUAUUAUGGAAAAAACGAUCCAGUUGCGAUGAAACUGCUUCGAAAAGCCGCUGAGAUGAGCACUUUGGAACCACCAGAGGAUGAAAGCACCAAAACGCUUUACAUCGGUCGACUUAACUCUGGAACGAUCCUCGAGCAUGCCAUAACUUGGAAGUACCAAGAAGGCAGUGUGGCUCAGAGUGGUUUACUACCUCCAACAAUGCAGCAUCUGUACAAUAUGCACUCAGCACCACCUAACCAGGACAACCCUUUUUACCCAUCAAUGGACCCGCAGAGAAUGGGUGGUUUAAGCACCAGUGAGAACAAUGGAGCUUCUUCUUACCUGAUGUCUCCACACCAGCCAUACACACAACCACCAUAUUGA